AUGCCCCGAUGGGCUAUCAGCGAGGUGUACGAAUGUCCACCUUCAGCCAACCACAUGGACGAGGCUACACAUGUGUUCGAACCUCAGACGACCGUAUUGGAUAAGGGCACAAAAGGAGAGGAGUGGCCGCCCGACGUGCUGUGCGACUCGAGCGGAUGGCUCGUCACCAAGGGCUACGACUACAAGAUCCGCAUCCGGGUCGGGGGCUCCGAGCUCGGGAUGUACGCCAAGGACUGGAGCGAUAAGACUUUGGCCGAUAACUAUCGGCUGACUGCCGGUCCCGCCGGAUCCGGCUCUCUGUUUUACAUUGAGUCGGAUGGCUGGGCUAGCGGCAAGAAGUUACAGCUCCGGGCCAAAACGACCACUUGGAGCACGUUUGAGAGUCGAACGGAUAUGUAUACCAACUUUGCAAGCUUCGGCAACGAGAACAAGGGGCUGUGUCUCACGACAACCUUGGAAUGGGCAGCUCCACUGCUGGGAAUUGCUGGGACCGAGAGCAACAUCUUUCUUGGACAGGGCUCUAACGUGGGGUUGAGGGUCAUUUCUCAUUGGGGCCCAGAGAGUGGCUGGCAUUACGUGAAUGCAGACUUUACCGGGGCAUACCUGGAUGUGCAGUUUGUCAGGAUGCCCAAAGUUUAA